CAGUGAACCAAAAGCGAGAGCGAUUAAAGUCUCGUUAUACUCUUCACAAUGCGAACCAACAACGCAAUGGUAACCUGGAGAACCCUCCGUUUUCUAUCGCUGUUGUCGCUCAGCUACGCCUUUGGCCCCAAAUGCAGGAUCACCUUCGAGAGUGCCACAGUGGAUUACGUAGACGAGCGCUGUAUGACUGCCCGUGCCUCCAUCUACGAUCACAAUUCCACCUUUAAAAAUGUCAUUAGCGUCACGAAUUUAUUCAAAAUAGAUCUACCCGACAGCUUCAAAAUGACCUUCACGACGAAAAAGUGGGUGAAAAACGGCUACAAAAUAACAAUAAUGCACAUUGAAAAGCCCCUCAAGAGUAUUAUACAGUGGCAACUGUUUGGAAUCCAAAAAUUUUGCAUGGAGCACUCCCGCCCCCCGUUUACGUGGCCGGUGGCGUACCAGGUCAGCGGUAUCACCAUUGAUUGCUCCUCCUACCCGCCUAAUCUGCCCGACGGAAGAUGGCUAACUGUCGUAGGGAUGGCGUUUGCAAACAAGACAAGGGUAAUGGAGAUGUCGUUCAAAUUGCUUAUGGAGUAUGUGUAA